AUGGUUCAGUAUCUCGGCAAGGAAAUAGGUCCUAUUGGAUUUGGCCUCAUGGGCCUGACAUGGCGCAAAGACCCUCCUGCUUUGGAAGAUGCGAUCGCCGUCAUGAAGGCUGCCGUCGACAAUGGCCUCACCAUGUGGAAUGGCGGCGAGUUCUAUGGAACUCCCGAGUACAACUCCAUGACGAUCAUCAAGGCCUACUUCACAAAGUAUCCCGAAGACGCUGAAAAAGUUGUAUUAGUGAUGAAGGGCGGCAUUGAUAUGAAGCUCUUCAAGCCUGACGGAUCACCCGAAGGUAUCCGCCGGUCGCUCGACAAUAUUCUGGAGCAGCUCGGAGGCACCAAGAAAGUGGACGCCUUCAACUGUGCCAGGCGAGACCCGGCGUAUCCUCUAUCUGUUACUUUUGGAGUCAUUCAGAAGGAGUACAUCGACACCGGCAAGAUUGGUGCCAUCGCGCUCUCCGAGUGUGGAGUCGAUACCAUUAAUGAAGCCGCCGCGGUAGCCAAGAUUGCUGGCGCCGAAGUCGAGAUCAGUAUGUUUUCGCCAGAUGUUCUUAACAACGGAAUUGCCGCUGCUUGUAAGAAGCAUGAUAUUCCCAUCAUUGCGUAUUCGCCGAUUGGAAAGGGUCUGCUCUCUGGCGAAUACAAAAGCUUGGAAGACGUCAAGAAGCUUGGAUCAGUCUCCUCAUUCCCGCGCUUCCAGCAGGAGCAGCUCGAGCACAACCUCAAGCUGGUCCAACAAGUGGAGCAAUUCGCCAGCCAAAAGUCGUGUACUCCUGCGCAGGUAGCCAUCAACUGGGUGAGGAGCCUGACCAACGACCCGGAGCUACCUCUUGUGGUCCCAAUUCCUGGGUCCUCGACAGUCGCACGUGUGGAAGAGAACGCAAAGGUGGUUGAGUUAACCAAAGAGGAAUUGGACACUCUCACCAAUCUUGUCACGGGCUUUGAGACUGCUGGCAGCAGAUACCCGCCUCAUGCACCGGUCAACACUUAAAACUGCUUGCAAGAGAUUUGAGUUUUCCUAUAGGAGCUUCAUAGGAGAUGCGUUUCUGUAAUAAUCGCAGCUUUGCUAUAAAAAGAUGAAAAUGCUAUU